AUGUACUUGCUCAAGAGAUAUCGUUGUCUCCCUAAGUUGCGAUCAUACUUGGUCCAAGAAAUCAUUCAAGAAAAACUAGAGGUUCACUUAAAAGACUGGGACGUAAUUGCCUUUUACGCGAACGUUUAUCUGCAUAGGGAACAAUUAUGGCAUACGGAAUUUUGUAUCUACAAUGGAAAGGAAUGUAGUGAACUUUUUAGGUCCUUUGUUUACUGUCCAUCUCUUGAAGCAGAUCAUAAUGACGAAGACGAAAAUUUGGCGGUUCAGAUAUACGAGAAAAGCUUUGAAAAUUACUGGAAAUCAAAGGACAAUUCUGCGAUUAUGAUUAAUGAUAAACAUAAACUGCCCAAGGAGCUAUAUCGUUUUCGGCUCGCGUGGAACGCAAAAGCUAUCAUGAAGAAAGCACCAGCAUUGAUGAUGCUGGUCCGUUUUAUGCUAUCAUAA